AUGACGGCCACUUUCGAAAACAAAAGACGGCCAUCUCUGCUUUUUGAUGUCGAUGACGAACCUACCGGUGCCAGAAAAUUUCGCUCGCCGAGCGGAACUGUAGCUCACUCGUUAGACAACACUGAUAUGGUUGCGCUCACCACAUCUUUCGAUAAACAAAUCUCUGAAGGCCACCCCAUGUAUUUCGAAGAAGAUGAGAUCCUCAAUGAUGUGGAAGCCUUGGACGAGUCUGGGGCAUUAGUUCAGUGUACAAAGGUUAACAGCGAAGGAAAAGCGGGAUUUGGCUUCAUACAAGAUUUGCGUGUGAAGUAUAUACGGGAAAGCGCACAGGAUGCCAAAUCAAACAUGAAGAAUGAUGCAAAAAAUUGGUUUCUGUAUCCAAAGCCGCUUCCGAAGUUUUGGAAAUUCGAAAGUGACCAACGGCUGUAUGAUGAAGCGGACAGUGCAAGUAUGCAAGGGUAUUUCUACACAAGAGCAGACGGUGACAAUUUCCAGAAUGAAAAAAGAGUCCAACUCCACUACACAGGGCAAUUCAUCAAGCUUUCGCAUUUCGCAAAGGAGCUGGAGAAAUUUUACAAUGAGCGUGGGCUUCCACAGGCUAUGGCAACCGAUUAUGCUGCAGUCGUAGCACGGAUCCCAUCCAUUUUCCAAUUUGGUCAGGAUUUCGAGCAGUGCUUGAACAUUGUCACGUCUGAGAAAAUGGAUGCACAGGCCGUGAAAAGAACCGAGUAUCUAUUGCACAGAUACGAGCUUUUCCAGCAGCUCCAAGGACGUUCUGAGAUUCGAGAAAGCAGGCUGGUUCCACAUCGCGACUUUUACAAUAUCCGAAAAGUUGAUCAGAAUUAUCUUCUCAGUGGGUGCAUCUCUCAAAGGCAGCUCAACGACUUCAUUUGGGAGAAACUUAAUAUUGAACCUAACAGGAUCGUUUACGUCAAUUCUGAAGGUACACAACUUACUUUGCGGCAGAUAUUCUGUCAAGGAUCUGAUGACGAGUCAAUUGGCCUCAAAGCAGUUGAUGAUUUGUUUUUGGACUGGUAUCGUUCCGUGUAUCUCUCAAGCGAUCAUCUCGUCCGUACAGACUUCAAAAACCCCCAAAAUCCAAAAUACGUGGCCAUAGCUCGAACAUUUUUGGAAUUUGAUAACUAUAUCGACGGUGAGUAUUUCGCAGAAAUGGUUGUUAAAUACGUGAUUCAAUCGUUUGAGAAAAGCAAGUACCAAGUGGCGCAGCUUUCAGUUGACUUUCAAUUUGAUGGUUCAUGGUGGACGAAGUUCAGUGAGUGGGUAACGAGGUGGAAGCUUGUAUCUUACAAUAUUCGGUGGAAUAUACGACUAAACAGGUGUUUCACUAAGCUAUAUUCCGCUAACCGUGUACAAAACUUUCAAGACUAUUUGGACCACAUUUUUCGUCCUCUGCUGGAGUUGGAAGGUUCUAAAAGCGUGGAACUACAAUUCAUCUUGUCUACGGUGUGUUGCUUUGAUCUAGUUGUCAGCGAAACUGACGAUUAUGUAUGGAAGUCAUUUCUUCAGCCGCAGCAUACCUCUCCUUCAGACUGGUCUGGAAGUGGGGAUAAUCCACCUGUUGCUUACUACAUGUUUUACAUUUACCAAUACCUGAAAGUCCUUAAUGAAAAGAGGAAGAGCAGAGGCAGGAACACCAUAGCGCUGCGAAACUACUGUCCGAUCACGGCAAGUCGUGUUUCGCAAUUCCGUAAGGAUUUGAGUAUAACGGAACAGUUUGAGUCACUGAUCUGCAAUUUUAUGCUUUGUGAGGGAGGGCUACUUCAAGCGGAGUCCUUGUGGCGUGUGUCCCCUACGAUCUUAUAUUUAUACUACCUGUUCCAGAUACCGGUUGUUGUUUCGCCCUUAUCUUCAGUUUCUCUUCUUUUGGAGCAUGGCCAUUCUGAGGCAGGAAGAAUACCAAUAACGGAUCGAGACGUUACAACUCCUUCCACUAGAACUUACACCGGAAAUCCUUUCAUGAGCAUGCAUCGGAUGGGGUUGAAAGUUCUGCUGUCAAGCAGUUCGGUUCUUCUCAAUUGUUCUUACACCAUGGAACCUAUCAUUGAAGAAUAUAGCGUCGCAGCGAGUAUCUACUUGCUAACAAGCGCCGACAUGUGCGAGUUAGUAAGGGACAGUGUAUUGACCAGCGGUUACGAAGGGUUUUACAAAGCUCAUUGGAACGGUGUGCGUUUGGAUGAUACUGAUUUCUAUAAGGAGCGGAUUGGACUGACUGACAUCUGGUAUGACCAAGAGCCUGAUACUUGUUACAAGCACAAUGUCCCAAAUGCCCGUAGGUUUUAUCGCCGGAAUUGCUUAGAGAGGGAAUGGCAAUUUAUCAAUGGAUAA